GUUUGGUUACCUUGCACACGUGCUGGGAUGCCUGACAGCAGCCUCUGGGACCAAGACAGCUCCUGGUGAUGCAAGCGCCCAGCAGCCGCAACCUGCUCAAGCUCGCUGCUAUGGAGGUGAAGUGGAUCCAUGUGUUGGUCACCUUCCUCUUCCUGCUGUCUGUGGCAAUGACAGGCUGCUUCCUGUGGCAGUACAGCCUGCCCAAGCUGAAGCCCUCCCCAUCCGUGUCGGAAGCGCGCUCCGAGGCCGUGCAGAUGUGUCCUCGCUACCCGGAGCCGGUGCCGCUGGACCACCCCAUCCCCAUCCUGAAGGAUGCCUUGGAGAAGGUAGAUCUGAUGCUGCGGCAGCAGCUGCACAGCUCCGCCCUGCCUGCCCUGUCUGCCAUCGCCAUCUACAACGACACCGUGCUCUGGACCGGCAACUUCGGGAGGAGGAAUGCCUCAGACCCUGCCUCGGUGGCACCCAACGAGUACACAGUCUACAGGAUCGCCAGCGUCUCCAAGAUCUUCCCCACCAUCAUGCUGUACAAGCUCUGGGAGGAAGGGAAAGUCACCUCUCUCGACGACCCCUUGGAGCGUUACGCCCAGAGCUUCGCCAUCAAGAACCCUCUGGGGAGGCUGAAGGAGCCAGAGCAGAGGUACUCAGCAGAGGGUUCGGUGUUCCUGGAGAAGGGCUCGCAGCCGCCCAAGCCGUCGCCCGUCACGCUGCGCAGGAUGGCCAGCCAGCUCUCGGGUCUGCCCAGGAGGCUGCGAUCUACAACCUUGCUGUGGAAGGGCAGCACACAGGAUGCUUUGGCUCUCCUGAAAGAUGAUGUCUUGGUUGCUGACCCAGGAACCAGAUGCCACUACAGCAACUUGGCCUUCUCCCUGCUGGCACACGUCCUGGCUGAGCAUGCAGCCGAGGGGCAGUACCAGCGCUGGGUCUCAGAGAACAUCCUGGACCGCCUGGGCAUGGAGGACACAGGCUUUGACAUCAGCCCCCCCAUCCGUGCCCAGAUGGCUGUGGGCUUCUACGGCAGCCAGCAGCCGGCGCCCCUCUAUGACCUGGGCUGGUACAGGCCUUCUGGCCAGAUGUACUCCACAGCUGCUGACCUCGCCAAGCUCGCCAUGGUGCUCCUGGGCACCUACCACCGGCGCCUGCUGGAGCCCGACACGGUGAAGACGAUGCUGACCCCACUGCUCAAGUGCUCCACCGAGUACUUCGCCAACAAGACCGGCACGCCCUGGGAGGUCAACGAGCAGCGGGGCUACGACGUCGUCAGGAAGGACGGGGACCUCGACGGCUACGCAGCUACCUUCUCUCUCAUCCCCAAGCUCCGCCUCAGCUUCAUCGUGCUGAUGGCAGGGCCCAGGCCCCAGGGGGCAGAUAUUGUGGCUCAGACCUACGAGUAUCUCAUCCCUGCCAUGGAGACGGCGUUCAGAGAGGCAGAGAAGAGCUUGCUUCCUCCUCCGAGCCCCAGCCCCUAUGUUGGCUACUACACCUACUCCAACCUGACCUUCUACGAGAUCAAGGUUGGCCCCAGGGGGGUGCUGAUCAUGCAGCAGUUUGGGCCUCACGUGGAGGAGCUGAUCCCUGAGAAGUUCCGGACGAUCAAGCUGCACCACCUGGAGGACCGUGUGUUCCAAGUGGUUUUCGACAAGGAGUUCCCCUGCGUCCUGCACCUGGGCUCUGCCUCCAUCUCCCUGGAGACCCAGAACGGGCAACUCUUCAACUUCUACCCCUUCGACCGCAAGGGUUUGUCUCCCGGCUUCGACGCGCCAGGGCUGAACACCUACAGCGUGGUGCGGGUGCUCCGCAAGCCUGUCUUCUACACCUAG